AUGGUUGCGACCUUUUCGCCGCACCGGGACUCGGGCGGCACCCUUCACCUUUCAUCGCACUCGGGGAUUCAUCACGUCGAUGCCAGUUCUGCAAUUCGCCAGCUUCGACGCUCAUUAUCGCGCUCACCUUCGAAGAGUUCCAACUUCUUCCUCAACACCCGCUCUCACUCGCCUGCAAAAACCACCUCACCAUACGUCUCUUCUCCGCUGUCGCCCUCGAGGCGAUCGCAGCACAACUUCUUUCUUUUGCCAUCUCAUCAACAAUCUCCUCUCGCCGUGCCGUAUCCCCCUAGCGCGAAAGUAACGCGGCCGGCCAUGCGACGGCGAACUUCGCCCCGUAGCCCCGCCAAACGCGCUUUGACCGUGUCAACAGACGGCGGAAACGCGUCUCCAUCUCAACCAGUCGCGAUGCACUCCGGAGAAGAAAACGACUUAACGCUUGAUGAUCUAGCCGGGCCGAUGGAAAGUACAACACCCGAAGGUCCGUGUCAUCUCAACAUGCCGCCGUCGACGCAGGGGGAAACAACUUUUGCGCCUCGCUCCACUCUAUCUCGCAUUGAAAAGCGACGCAGUGGCACCUUUGGUUCGUUUGCGACUGUGAGUCCCCUAAAACGAAGCGACGGUAUCAUGAAUCUGGAUCAAGCAUCGCGAGGAAGUCCCUCUGCAAAGCGUCGCAGUGUUCACACGCCGAACUUUUCAGCCGACUUUAACAUAUUCGACACCGACCAUGGCAGUGCGCCUGCAAGUCCUACUACCAACGAGGCUUCGCCUCUCCUGACUCCAAUUCAGCCUUUCAGUCCUUUCGCGACCAUCCCAAAACGGUCGUCAUCUCUCAGACGAUCGACAUUGCAGCAGCGACAAAGCGACAGACCCCUCUUCGGACGUUCCAAGGGGACUGGUGAGGCCGAGGCGUUACCCGGUACCCCUUUGGCAGUGCGUCCCCGGAUGUCAUUUGAUAGCGGACUAUUUGAGGCUGGUCAAGAAAACCUAUUCUCGCCCCGUCCUCCGGCAAGUCCUCUCUUCUCCGCAAACCCUACAACUACUACCACUACUCAACCUACUCGCCCUACUGCUCAUCCUCUCUCCCGGACCAUCACUCAGUCAUCCUCUGGCUCAAGUCUCGAUGACUCGCCCACCCAUGAGGCCGUCCAGAAGUCCGAGCGGCCACGACCGCUCUUCAACUUCUCCAAGUCCCUUCCUGCUGGUGCUACUCGGCCUGCCCCGGUACGCCGUAUAACGCGAGAAGACUCAAGUGGAUCCGGGGAAUCAUUCGCGACUCCUGAGAACUACAAAUUGGUCAAACCUCUACCAGCCGCGUUCAUGUCAACGGGACUAAUCUCAAAGAAGAACCGCAACGCAGAGGAGCCGUCGGGCUUCAACAAGAACAUGCCAGACACUCCGUGCAAACGACCUGUGAACCUGUUCGCUUCUGGGUUGAACGGGUCUUUUAACAUGGCUCCGCCUUUCCAGGAAUCAGAGGCUGUGACCCAAUCCCCCUUUAAUCCUCCGGCCUCAACUGUGCGGCCUAAACCAGGUCCUUUUGCCCGUGGUAUGGGCAUCUUUGGUAACACUUUCAACCGACCAGAGGCCUCGCGCAGAGGAAGCUUCGUGAGUGUGGACGGUGAUGAUCUUCAGGCUCAAUCUCCAUCUUCGCGUCAUGACAGCCAGCCAUUGACUGAUUCCGAUUUCCCUCCAACUCCUACUAAACAAACUUUCCUACCCUCUCGUACCUAUCCUCCUGCUACGUCCCAAAUUGGGCCUCUGGAGCGUCUUUCAGAAACAAGGUCUUCUGCCAACUCGACACCCUUGCGUGAUAGAUUUCUCCAGGCUUCACCUCACACACCUCGCGACCAAUUCUUCCCCCCCCGACCCAAUCUGAAUCUACCUGCCACACCGACCGGUCCCCGAGAUUCUUUGCUUGCUAGCAAACGCCCCAGCCUCCAGCUCAGUGGAUUCCACACGCCAGACGUGGACCCUAGUCUGACCAUGCGGUUCGAUAAAGUCGAGCUUGUCGGUACAGGUGAAUUUUCUCAGGUCUACCGAGUCGCUCAGCCUCACGACGCUUCAUUCCCUUCGAUGUUCUCUCUGCCCUCAAGCGGCCCCAAGUCCCCGAGUGCUCUCCCUCAACACCAAGUUUGGGCUGUGAAGAAGAGCAAGCAGCCUUACUUGGGGCUGAAAGAUCGCGAACGCCGUAUUCGGGAGGUCGAUGUGCUGAAGACGUUGGUCAACUGUGACCAUAUUGUUUCCUUCAUGGAUAGCUGGGAAGACAAUGGUCAUCUUUACAUCCAAACUGAGUUCUGCGAAGAGGGAAGCUUGGAUGUUUUCCUGGCUCAGGCUGGCCUCAAGGCUCGACUCGAUGAUUUCCGUAUCUGGAAAAUUCUCCUUGAGUUGACCCUCGGAUUGAAGCAAAUCCACGAUGAAGGUUUUAUUCACCUCGACUUGAAGCCUGCCAAUAUUCUCGUGACGUUUGAAGGAGUCCUCAAGAUCGGAGACUUUGGCAUGGCCACACGCUGGCCUGCAGAGGAUGGGAUUGAAGGCGAGGGCGAUCGAGAGUAUAUUGGCCCUGAAAUCCUCAUGGGCCGCUUUGACAAACCCGCGGAUAUCUUCUCGCUGGGGUUGGUCAUCUUUGAAAUUGCUGGCAAUGUAGAGCUUCCCGACAACGGAGCAUCCUGGCAGAAGCUCCGAAAUGGAGACAUGAGUGAUGUCCCCAGUCUGACCUGGAGUUCAGAGACCACCAUUUUCCGCGAUGCGUCCGGAAACCCUGUCUCCGAUGGAACUUCUUUCGAAGAGCUCUGCGCGUCCGAUUUGGGUGAUGAUGACUUUGGUGACAACUUCCUCACCAACCGGAAGCUGACUACGCCUAAGCCCACCCACCUCGCUCGCAGUGGAGAGCUUGUGGACCCGCCUAGCUUCAUGGUGGAUGCCAACCAUGCACAGGCCUUGGAUAAGAUUGUCCGUUGGAUGAUAUCUCCUGAGCCACUUGAUCGACCUACAGCCGACGAAGUUCUAGCCACUUACGGGCUCCAGUUUGUGAACCAGCGUCGCCGUGCCGGAGCCACGGUAUUCGAGGGCAACUGGGGGCCCGCCGAUGAGAUCUUGGCCGAAGAUGCCGAGAUGAUCGAUGUGUAA